AUGGAUGGUGCGCUGUGGCUGAAGGGUGCUCCUCCGCGACUCCAUGCCAACGGGAGAUGGUUCUCGGUCGCUGACGGCAGCCUCAUGCCGCGCCACUCGUUCUCCCUCAAGGGCAUCGACGACAUCGGCCCCUACAUCAUGAACGGCACCAUGCUCAUGGCCGUCGAUGCUGCCCAUGCCCAGGACGUCGCCAGCGAGAGCAAGUCCUCGCCGGUGGUUGUGGUGGCGACGGUCAAGAUGUACACGGACUCGCCGCACAUCAUCUUGUUCGAGACCAUGUUCCCGGACGGGGCCAACGCGACGGCCAUCGACAGCAACGUCACUCGUGCUGCCGAGGGUGUUGCCUCGGAGUACCCGGUCUUCCUCGUCGACGACAGCUACCGCGGCGAGCGCGGCUUUCUCUCGUGGCAGAACCACUUUUUCCAGAACGACGUCAUCGCCGCCUUUGGCGGGUCGACCCAUGCCGGCAUCGGGUCCGGGCUCGACGACUCGGGUCCGCUGGCGAUCUUUGCCCGCGACGCGCCGCUGGCGAGCCUCGUCUCGGCCGCGUCCAACUUUAUGACGAGCGCCACCUCGUUUAACGCCAGCACGCGCCGCCUGGCAUACGGGGUCCUCGGUUCGGUCACCGCCAUCCCGCCCGGCUUCAACAUGAACACCAUCGCCGUGGCCGGGACUGGUGUCACCUCGGCGACCGCGGCGUGGGGUGCAGCGCUUCGCGACAUGUUUGGCAAAGACGCUGCCGGCGCCGAUCCGACGCUCACUACGCUGCAGUACAUUACCGAUCACGGUGCGUACUACUACUACCACACCGAGCCCGGGACCAACUACCAGGAGACGCUCGAGGGCGUGAAGCAGUACGCCGAAGCCGCAGGCAUCCCCUACCGCAACAUCCAGAUUGAUUCGUACUUUUAUCCCAAGGCCAACGGACCGGGCUUGAAGACCGGGUACGCUCAGCAGAACGGCGGCCAGUACGCGUUUGCCAUCGACGCCACCUCCGGCAUGGCGCUGCCGCUCGAGCAGGUCUUCUGGGACGACCUCAUGGCCAACGCCUCGGCCUGGCUCACCGUCUACGAGCAGGACUGGCUGUAUGUGCAGACGCGCGGGAUGGACGCGACGCGGCAGUCGGCGACGCUCGCCCGCGACUGGCUGUUGCAGAUGGGCAACGCCGCCGCCGCCCACGGCAUCCGCAUCCAGUACUGCAUGCCCUACCCGCGCCACCUGCUGCAGUCGGUUGAGAUUGCGGCGGUGGACCAGAUCCGCGCCUCGGGCGACGAGGUGCCCGGCCGCAACGACGCGCACCAGUGGCAGCCGAUGGGCACGACGGCGCUGCUGGCGCAUGCGCUCGGCCUCGCGCCGUCCAAGGACAACUUUUGGUCGACCGUUGAGCAGCCGGGCAACCCGUACAAGGCGCGCGAGGCGUUCCCGCGGCUACAGGCUGCGGUCGCCACCCUCUCGACCGGCCCGGUCGCCAUCGGCGACCGCAUCGGCUACUCGGACGUGGCGCUUAUUCUGCGGAGCGUCCGCACCGACGGCAUUGUCCUCGCGCCGUCGCGGCCGGCCACGCUUGUCGACUCGGCCAUUGCCGCCCGGGUCUGGCCGGGCGCCGGGUGCAUCGGUCAGGUCUGGGCAACAAGCUCGGAGCUCGGUCCUGUCCUGGCCAUGCACCACGUCUUUGCCGCCAACGUCAACGCCUCGUGCCGCAUCACGCCCGCCGAGCUUGGGAGCGGCGACGUUGCGACACGGUGGGUGGCGUACGAGUCGAACUCGACAGCAACGCGGGUGGCAGUCGGCGCCGACGGCCUGCUUCUUGAGCCCAACGGCGAGUGGGACUUUGCGCUCUGGCACCUCGCGCCGGCGCUGCCCGGUUCCGAGUGGACCUUCCUCGGCGAGGCUGACAAGUGGGUCCCGGCGUCGCCGGCCCGGUUCCGCGACGUCAACGUCAUCGACGGCACGACGUUCUCGGCCAUCCUGCUCGGCGCGCCGGGCGAGAUCGUGACCGUGGCCUUUGCCGGCCCGCCGCCGGCGCUGGCCGUCGCCCACGCGUCGUGCACCAUCGGGCCCGGCGGCGUCAUCCACCUCAUGUUUGUCAUGGACGGCUCCGGCUCGUUCAAGUGCGCAUAA